GUACACCUCGUUUAGACGGAAUGGCGCGUGCACUGCGACAAUUUCGAUACUAAUAUUAUUGUAUUAUUUUCAUGUAUUUCACUCUAAUGUAUUGAAACAAUACUUAUUUGUACAGCUUGUGUGAGUUGACGUCGUGUUUCUUAUUAUUUAGAAUUGUUUUGUAUCCGAAGUAAGAAACCGCCAGGCUAGCUUGCAAUGUAGUCUCAGUAGUGCUACAUACGCUCAGCCACAAUGCUGUUGUUUCAUAUUUAUAGCGUGGCGUUUUUAUUCUUAUUCGAUUUUAAGGAGCAUAUUUAUGCAACACCUAUCGUUGGUGGUCAAGUAAUUUAUAAUCCAGGCGAUGCACCCAAGUAUCCUUAUAUGGUUUCCAUACAAGAAUUGCAUAAACCUACCGAUGCACGGGGCGUUGAAGAGUUUCGUCAUUUCUGUGGUGGCGCUAUGUUGAAUCGUUGGUGGUUCGUGACUGCUGCACAUUGCUUUUUGCGCAAAAAGCUGGCACGCAUAGCAGCCGUUAUCGGUCAUGAAAAUCUUUUAAGCACCAAUCAGAAUAACAGUCGUUACGCCAUCGAACGUGUUAAAUUUAUUUACUACCAACCUACAAAUAUACAAAAUGAUAUUGCGUUGGUGCGCUUGAAGAAAUCUUAUGAACCGGAAUACAAUUUAAUCAGCAAUGCGUUUGGUACAUUACCGCUGCCUGAUAUGAAACAUUUAAGCGGUGUUUUCUGUCAGAUUAUAGGUUAUGGUGCAACACAAUAUGCUGGAGAAUUGCAAAACAAACUGAUUGAAGGUGUGGUAAAAAUUAUUACAAAACAGGAGUGCACUGAGAUUUUGGGCAGAAUAUUGGCACCACCACACGAUGAAACUACACUUUGUGCAUUGGGUGACAAUCAAGACACUUGUCAGGGCGAUAGUGGUGGUCCUUUAAUUUGUAAAUUGGAUGAUGUGCCUUACAUAUGUGGUAUUGUAUCCCAUGGUCUCACUUGUGGUGUAACUGGCGUGCCUAGCAUCUAUACGGCUAUAUUGCCAUAUUUGGAGUGGAUUACAUGGAUUAUCAAUGAUAAAACUGAAGAUAGUUGAAAAAUACACAAAAUGUAAUAAUACAAGAAUUAAACGAGUAAAUUUAAAAUGCGGAAGCAACAAUUGUGUUAAUUUCCUAUUAUCGAUAUCGAUAGCAGCGGUGUGAUAUCGGUCAAUGACAAUUAA